AGGGCAGCGUUUUACUAACAUUGCGUAAGUUUUUACGUAAGAAUUAUCGUAACUUUACGCUUACGUUUAAACUUACGUAAAUCGUAAGUGCGUUUCACAAAACUUCCGUAAGUUUUUCCGUAGACUUACGUUAAAAUAUUUCGUAACUCUUCAAAUGGAGGUUUGAGAACUCUUCACUAUGGGAGGCGUUGCGGGAAUCAAUGUCAAAAAACACUGUCGUCUGUCAAAAUGGAAACUGUCAACGUCAAACGCGCGAGAAAGUUGAAUUGGUCCCAGGCUGUAGUCGAUGAACUAAGAAAUUCAUACUUGGAGUUUCGUAGUGUCAUCGAUGGACGCCUGGGAGUCACUCUCACUAAUUACCAGAAAGAGCAGACAUGGAGAAGUAUUCAGGAAAGGAUAAAUGCACAAAGCAAGGAAACACGGACAUUGGACGAAAUCAAGAAGAAGCUGUCCGAUAUGAAAACGGCUAUCAAGAAGAAGGAGAGGGAGAGAAGGCAGUUGUCCACCAAGACAGGCGGUGGCCCUGCUCCUAUACUUAAUGAACAGGAUGAGAAGGUAACUAUUAAAUAAUUUUCUAAUAGAGAUAUUUGAAAACUAU